UUGGAAAUUAUAGCCCGCCCGACCGCCCGAGACGGCCUAUUUUACGAUCGGGCGGUCAAAAAUUAAAUUUCAACAGUCCGGUGGACGGUCUAUUUUUUGAAGGUGGCUGGGAUUACCUUUUUCUAUUUUUGGAAUGAGUUCUCAGUAUUACCCCAUUCAUAACAGCACGUAAGAAACAUGACUGUCAAUUAACCUUGUACUACCACGUGUUUCCACACGAUUUCUGCAGGGAACAUGGUGAUACCUGUUGUUUGUAAGAUCCGCACUCAUUGGCUUGUUGGUAUCGAAUCGUCCAAUCACGAUCGCGUUUAUUAAAUAAAAAAUAAAUAUAUAUAAAUAAAUUUGUUUUGGUAAACUCGAUGUCUUUAAGACAGUACUUGGGCCUUUUGUCGCCGAAAAAGCGAACUGCUGUUGAAUCAACAGAAAAAAAUAAAUUGUAUGAUCAGUCUAAGAGGAAGCGGGUAAUUGUUCCUGGUUGGAAAACGGAGUUCGAGUGGUUGAUUUGUGACGACUCGCAUGGUAAAAUAUUUUGUCAACCAUGCCGUUCAGCGUAUGGGCCCUUGGCUGUCAGAAAAGUACCUGAAAGAUUUCGGCGAUAUGCAAAAGGCCCGUUUGUAGUUGGUUGUGCAAAUUUAAGGCACGAUGCCCUUACUACACAUGCAAAAUCCGAUGGCCACAACUACGCAGUUGAAUUUCUGAAAAAUCGAGGACAACCAACAGGAGAGAGUGUAGCUGAAAAAACAGUACAAACCCUCAACAAGGCAUCAUUUCAUAGACUUGAAAAACUAUUUAGGAAUGUACAUGCCAUAGCGAAAAAGUCACGGCCUAUUUCUGAUUAUACAUGGCAAUGUGAGCUUGACAUCCAAAAGGGUAUUGACUUAGGAGACACCUACAGAAACACCAAAAGUUGCAAGGAAUUUCUGGUUGCUAUUUCGGAAAUUGAAAGGGGUAAAAUUGAGGAAAAGAUUGAACUAGCCAAAUUUUAUACCCUUAUGUCUGAUGGAUCCACUGAUGUUUCCGUUAUUGAAAAUGAAAUUGUCUACAUUCAUUUUGCGCAUAGAGGUAUUGCCUACUGCUAUUUCCUUGGGCUCAUUCAGUGUGAGUCUGCUGAUUCCAAAGGAAUAUAUGCAGCAAUUCUACAAGCUUUGAAUUUCAAGAACUUGACGGUCAAUGAUAUUCUUAAGAGAACCGUAGGAUUUGCUGGGGAUGGCGCAUCAGUGAACACGGGACAGCUGAAUGGUGUUAUUGCACAUUUUCGAGAAAAUGCUUCCUCUUCUGUAGUCAUGGUCCAGUGCAUGUCACAUAGAAUUGAACUUGCAUACAAAACUGCUUUCAAGGUAGCUCCAGUUUUUACUAAAGUCUUUAGUCUCCUAGAUGAUCUGUUUAAAUUUUACCACAAAAGUCCUAAACAGACAAGCAACUUGAAGCAGACCUUUACCGCACUCAAGAUCAAACAGACAAUGCCAACAAGGAUUGGUGGUACCCGAUGGUUAGGACAUGUUCAGACUGCCCUAAACAGUCUCUGGAAGGUAUAUCCUGCAUUUGUCACUCAUCUUGGACAGGUUUCAUUACACAACACUCAGAGUGCUACACAAUCCAAGGCAAAGUAUCUUCUUAAACUUCUCAGAAGCAAGAGUGUUAUUGUAUUUGCCCAUUUCAUUAAUGAUGUUGUCAAUGUACUGACCAAGCUUUCCAUGUGCCUGCAGCAGAGAGCUACUUGCCUUUAUGAAGUUCACCAGGAUCUAGAGUGUACCAUAGCCAAUAUACAAAAACUAGAAGCAAGGUUCAUUUCUAUUCAGCUUUAAACAUAAUGCAGGCUUGCACAUUAUCAGCUUCAUUUUCUCUUUGUUUGUCCUUUACCAAUAACUUUUUUAUUGAAACUUAUCCAGAUAUCACUUACAUGUUUUAAUAAUCUUUUAUUAUUUUUUUUCAAGU